UUCCCAGUGAUUUGAUUAUCCAUUUAUCCCUAUCAAACGAGCUCAGGAAGCUUUCCAUUCUUUUCUCUUUCUCCUCUGAUUCCGCAUCUUUGUCUCUGUCAUAAUUCUUCUAAAAAUCAAAUACUUGUUUUCGUUAAUCAACUCUCAAUGGCCUCAAUCUCGGCUACUUGUCUUAGCUUCAAAGCUUCAUCAACCAAAUUUAAUAGCAGGAUUAGCCAGGUAGGUAUUUCAAGUUCAAGAUCGAAGUUAAUUUCAUAUAGCUUUGCCAAGGGUUUAAAGGCUUCUCGUUUCCGAAUCUCCUGCGCAGCAGCGAAGCCAGAGACUGUGGAGAAGGUAUGUGAGAUUGUGAGAAAACAACUUGCUCUGAAACCUGAGAUACAGCUUACUCCUGAAACCAAAUUCACGGAUCUCGGUGCCGAUUCUCUUGACACGGUUGAGAUAGUAAUGGGGUUGGAGGAAGAGUUUAACAUCAACAUUGAAGAAGAUAGCUCCCAGAACAUAGCAACUGUUCAAGACGCUGCUAAUUUGAUUGAAGAAUUUGUUCAAAAGAAAGCUGAAGCUAGCUGAGUCAACAACUCGGUUUCAAAUGACUAAUUAGGACUUAGUCUCAUUUCAAUUUAAUCCCUUCCUUCUCAUUUUUUAUUUCCAUCUCCGCAGACGUUUUUGUAAUUCUUUUAGCGAGGAUUCUGUCUGAAGAAUUUGAUUGCACGGGUUCAUUUUAUCCUUUAAUGCUAGAAUUUUGUUGAAUCA